AUGGUCUGCACAGACAAGUGGUCCACAGUCUCCCCUGCUCUUGUGGUAAUCACAUAUGGCAAAGAUCUACAACUGCGACUGGUGUCUGGAGGGGACCGAUGCGCUGGGAGGGUUGAAGUUUACCGUCAAGGCAAAUGGGGGACAGUCUGUGAUGAUCACUUCACUGUGAACAGUGGCAGUGUUGUAUGCAGACAACUUGAUUGUGGUCAAGUUGUUUCUGUCUUGGGAUGGUCUUACUUUGGCCCUGGCAGAGGAGACAUCCACCUGGAUGAUGUGCGGUGUAGAGGAACUGAAUCUUACCUUUGGGACUGUCAGCACGCCGGCUGGAACACACAUAACUGUGGACACCAUGAGGAUGUCAGCGUCAUCUGUUCAGCGGAUGCCUCUGCUCUGUCCCUGCGACUGGCAGACGGCGACGGCAGGUGCUCGGGCCGCGUCGAGCUCUAUCACAACGGCAGCUGGGGAACGGUCUGCGAUGACGCCUGGGAGCUGGCGGACGCCGAGGUGGUGUGCAGGAGGCUGGGGUGCGGAGAAGCUCUGCUGGCUGCGUCUGAAGCCCAGUUUGGUCCAGGCUCUGGGAACAUCCUCCUCGAUGAGGUGCAGUGCAGAGGGGAUGAAGACAACCUGUGGGAGUGCUCCCACAGAGGGAUCGCUGUCCACGACUGCCGACAUAAAGAGGAUGCCGGCGUCAUUUGCGCAGGUACGCUAGCACACAUGUCCCUGAGACUGGUGAACGGAGGGGACGUGUGCUCGGGACGCCUCGAAGUCUUUCACAACGGGAGCUGGGCAACUGUCUGCGAUGAUGGCUGGGACAUGAAGGAUGCCACAGUUGUGUGCAGGCAGCUGGGCUGCGGAAAUGCUGUCUCAGCCAAAAUUGAUGCCUUUUUUGGGGAAGGCAUGGGAGAUAUUCUCCUGGACAACGUGGUGUGCAGAGGGGAUGAGUCCUCCCUGGACCAGUGCUCUCACAGGGGGCUGGGCACGCAUGACUGCUACCACAAGGAAGACGCUGGUGUUAUCUGUGAAGGUACUCACCUCUUCCAUUUUAUUUCAUGUGAGCUAAGUUUGCUAAGCCAUGCACGCAAGCUGGUAUGGGUGAAAGAUGAGCUUGGCGCAAGGCUGGAGCCACUAUGGGAAUGGGGACCCUUGCCAUUGGCCAUGCCUGGAGAGAGGAGGCCGAUGAGAGGCAAGAAGGAUGGCCAGGGGCACCCUGGUCACAGGUGGGACCAGUCCCCACAGGCUCUGUACAUCCUGGGGACAUCUCGUCCUUCCAACAAGGGAUUCCUCAACCUAGGUCUGGGGGAAGCAGAGAGGAAAGAGUGGGGCUAUAGGCAUUUUCCUCCCGAGAGGACCACCCAUAGAUUUUGGCAGCCCAGCCUGGAAUCUGCUUUUGGGACAAAGACUAUUUGCCCAAGAGCGUCAAAGUAUUUGUAUCAGACUUGCAGUUUUAUAAACGUAUUUUCUUCUCUUUACAAAUUUGUACUCAUUUUCAAAGAUCUGAACAUAAAGUUUAUUGAGGCAAACGAAGAAAAUUCCUGCCAGCCGAGGAUGCAGAAGGAAAUUGUUUUGAUGGAGAUUCUGGCACUAGGUGAACGUGGUGUGUCUGAUCCUAGACAUCAGUGUAGGCUAGCAGACCACUGCAUCUUUGUGCACUCGGCUGUUUCUGUCCAAGAGAAAGUGCGUAAGGGACCCAACCUGUGGGAACUACUAUUCACCAGGCAAGAGGAUUGUCCAGUUCAGGUUCAGAGGUCCCAUAUACCCAAGAGUUUGCCUGCAGUGCAGAAUAUUAGCAUGCAACAGAUACAAUUAUCCUUUCCAACGCUACCCAGGCUAUAUGAGGAGAGGCAAAAGAAGCACAAGUGA